AUUUGACGUGAGAGGGUGAGGCGUACGGAACAUGGCGGCUAAGUGAGGGGAGCAACGAGAAGAGAGACAGGCAGAUGUUAGGAGGACAAGAGUGAUGUAAAAAUGACUCAGGGGAAGAAAAAGAAGAGAGUGAAUCGCAGUGUACUCCUUGCCAAAAAAAUCAUCAUUAAAGAUGGUGGCACGCCUCAGGGGUUUGGUUCUCCCAGCGUGUAUCAUGCUGUCAUUGUGAUCUUCCUCGAGUUCUUUGCCUGGGGCUUGCUUACUGCUCCGACAUUGGUGGUUUUGCAUGAGACAUUCCCUAAGCAUACCUUCCUUAUGAAUGGACUCAUCCAGGGAGUAAAGGGUUUAUUGUCAUUCCUCAGUGCUCCUUUGAUAGGAGCAUUAUCUGAUGUCUGGGGAAGAAAGUCCUUCUUGCUGCUAACAGUGUUCUUCACAUGUGCUCCUAUUCCACUUAUGAAGAUCAGUCCAUGGUGGUACUUCGCUGUUAUAUCUGUAUCAGGGGUAUUUGCUGUCACAUUCUCUGUGGUAUUUGCUUAUGUGGCUGACAUAACGCAGGAACAUGAAAGAAGCAUGGCAUAUGGACUGGUAUCUGCCACGUUUGCAGCUAGUCUUGUCACUAGUCCAGCCAUUGGAGCUUACCUCAGUCAUGCAUAUGGAGACUCUCUUGUGGUGCUACUAGCCACUGCAAUAGCGCUGCUUGACAUCUGCUUCAUCUUGGUGGCUGUUCCAGAGUCACUUCCAGAAAAAAUGAGGCCUGCAUCAUGGGGAGCCCCAAUUUCAUGGGAGCAAGCGGAUCCUUUUGCAUCUCUGAAGAAAGUUGGCCAGGAUUCCAUUGUGCUCCUUAUCUGCAUUACAGUGUUCCUCUCCUACCUCCCUGAGGCUGGACAGUAUUCUAGCUUUUUUCUGUACCUCAGACAGAUAAUGAAAUUUUCCCCUGAAAGUGUGGCUGCCUUCAUAGCAGUGUUGGGAAUACUGUCCAUUGUUGCUCAGACCAUUGUCUUGAGUUUUCUCAUGAGGUCAAUUGGAAACAAAAAUACAAUUCUCCUUGGUCUGGGAUUCCAAAUAUUGCAGUUGGCUUGGUAUGGCUUUGGAUCAGAACCUUGGAUGAUGUGGGCUGCUGGAGCUGUGGCAGCCAUGUCCAGUAUUACAUUCCCUGCAGUGAGUGCUCUGGUGUCUCGUACUGCGGAUGCUGACCAGCAAGGUGUUGUUCAAGGAAUGAUUACAGGAAUUCGAGGGUUGUGCAAUGGCCUUGGACCUGCUUUAUACGGUUUUAUAUUUUACAUCUUUCAUGUCGAGUUUAAUGAAAAUCCUAUUAAAGAGGAAAGUCCAGGACAAGACAAAGUGACCUCAUCGCACUUACAACAGAAUUCAAUCAUUCCUGGGCCCCCCUUUCUGUUUGGAGCCUGCUCUGUGCUGCUAGCUUUGCUCGUAGCUUUGUUCAUCCCAGAGCACACCAACCUGAAUGCUCGCAGCGGCAACUGGAAGAAGCACGGAGCAGGGCACAGCCACCCGCACAGUCCGCCGGCACCUGGUGAAGGCAAGGAGCCUCUUCUACAGGACACAAAUGUAUGACAAUUGCUUGAGAGACAAUGACGGGCUUCUGCUGCUCAUGUAGUUGCAUUCCACUCAGUUUAUAAGCUGAGACACCUGCAGGAUCAGUUUCUACUCCAAUGGAAUGAAUGGGCUCUCCAGUGACCAGACUAAUCACGGGCCCUUUCUACUGCAGAGAUGUGUAGUCUGCUGCCUCCAUUCUAGCAGGCACGUCUCCAGCCUACCUACAACCUGAUUGUGUGACAAUCGGCAUGUGUUCUACCUUCUGAGUGCCAGGUUAUUGCAACUCCCAGAUCUGAAUAUAUAGAUGUAUUUUGGUGGACUUGGUCAUACAGCAGGCUUAACUUGCUGGCAUGGGACAAGAAACAUGAUCCUUGCGUUUGGUUUGCCUCCAGCAUUUUUUCAUUAGCCAAAGUGUUUUUUCUUUUGCUUCAUUCAUUACAGUGCCCUUUCCCCCCCCCCCAUACUCCUGACACUUGCCCGGGUAAUUUCCUCUUGGAUGUAGUGAUAGCUCCGUAGAGCAGAUUGUACAUGUUUACAAAGCAUACAUCAUGGAAGGAUUAGGACUGAGCUGGUUUUUCCAGUCUGCCAUUACCAUUCGCCCUGCCACAGUUGUAGAUGAUUUUAUAGUGCAGUUGAACCAGGAUUGCUGUGUAAAUCACCAAGCCUUAAAUGAUGACUUGUAUCAUGGGACUGUAAGAGAGAGA